GUGGCCCAAUUGCACUGCGCACGGUCUCACGAUUUCCAUGCAUGCGUUGUACCAGGUACCUUCCACGCGCCAUUGGAUUCUAUUAUAUCUUAUCACAACCUCAGAUCUAAUAUCUACACAUGGUGCAGACACAGCCGUUUUUUUGACCAUGAUAACUACCGCUGGGUGGAAUGCCUUGACUCCAGAGGUUUUCGUUUUUGUCUAUUACAAAUCAGUAGACAUGCACAUGUCGAUCAAGGAUCGCAACAUGGGUCAGCUGAAAUUAACUUCAUACCUAUCUGUAACUUGAAUUGUCAGUGGCACCUGUCUCUCAUUCGGGUGUCGACGACUCCUCUUCCUACAAAAUCAUAUAUCUGAAUGAACCUAAGCUCCAAAGCUUUUGUACAAAUACACCUAGAACGUAUGUUUUCACGCUCUCUCACCUCACCCAUCUCUAACACUGC